GGGAAGGAGAGAGCCUCACAACCAAAGAAAGGCAAGAGAGAGGGCUGUCCGCAGGAUUAGUCAUCCAGUGCGUAGGUCUCCUUGUUCGACUCGUAUCUGUAAUUUUACUCAUCCAAAAAGGGCGUGUGAAGUGCCCAUUGAAAUCUAUAGAAACGAAGAAUCCAUAGACGUGAGGUUUGAAGAAAACGGAUCAGUUUAAGGCCUCCAAAUCGUCCGAACAAAACGCAACCUCACAGAAUACGUUAUUGGUAUUCAAAGUUGAGGCUAGAGCUUGCUACCUGCGCUCGCUGCUCGGGCGAUCAUCUUGGAGUGAAGACUUGUGUUCAAAAUACCGUUAACUGGACAUGGUUUUUCAACAUGUUGAAGAAUUGUCUCAAGCUUAGAGAUAAUUUAUAUGUGGUGUCUGAUCGUCAUGAAGGAAUCAUAAAUGCGGUUCAUUCUGUUUUUCCAUAUGCUGAACAUGGAUAUUGUGUUUAUCACAUAUUGGGCAAUAUAAAAUCAAAAUUUCGAGGUUAUGCAAAGAUGUUGUCUUGGAAAUGCUUACAAGCAGCGAGAGCGAGGUCAGUUUAUGAAUGUGAAGAGUACCUUUCCAGGCUUGAUCAUGAUGACCCCGGUAUACGUAAAUACUUGCAAAAAAAUGGUAACGACAAGUGGUCUCGUGCAUACGCUAGCCGCAACCGCUUUUUUGUCAUAAUGUCUAACAAUGCGGAGUCUUUGAAUGCUAUUUUUGUCAAGGUGCGUGAGUAUCCCAUCUGCAAAUUGAUUGAGUUUAUAGUACGAACAAUGCAAACAUGGUUAUGUGAACGCAGAGAAGCGGCUGCAUCAAACAAAUCUCGGCUCUCUGCUUACUUUGAGGCGCAAUUACAGCUAUCACAAUCAAAUGCUGCAUUAAUGCAGGUUACGAGGGCAUCAUUCAUCCCAUUGGUAGUCCCGAUUGUUGGGUUCUUCCCCAUGACACAUUAGAAGUCAUUUGCAGCCCUCCCUCUUGUUCUAGGAGACCUCCUGGAAGACCCAAAAAGCGACGUAUUCCAUCCACCGGUGAACAUGUGCGGCAACAAAAGUGUACAUGUUUCUCAAGGUUGGUCACAAUAGAAAGACAUGCCAAAAUCCCAUUCCGCGCACUCGCUCCUAGUGCUGGUUUUUUUUAAAUGAUGCUUUACAUUUCAGUUUACAAGUGAUAUAGAUGUUAAUAAACUUCUGUGUUUGAAUAUGGUUUUUACUUACGGAUUGCAGUAAUAAAUGCAGUAUUCAUCUGUAUUGAUGACCAUUCUUAUAAAUGUAAUGUCUCUUUACAUGUUUUUGUGUGCU